GUGCAUAUAUGAAGUAUAACCCAAAAUCUUGAAUCUACAAUAAAGCUAAAACCUCUGUUUUUUGCAUUUUGUUUUCUUCUGAACUCCUCAAAAACUCUCACAUCUCAAUGGCUAUAACCUUUCAAUCUCCCAUUAAACUCAACUUCAACAAUCCCAUCUCAAAUCCAAUCCCUAAAACCCGUUUUUCAAUCGGGUUGAAUCUCCAAUCAGUCUCUUCUAAAAUCCAAACCCAUUUAACAAUACCCGAACCUGAACCCGUUUUCACAUCCGUCAAAUCAUUCGCCCCAGCAACCGUAGCCAAUCUCGGGCCGGGUUUCGAUUUCCUCGGGUGCGCCGUUGAUGGACUCGGAGAUUUCAUCACUCUUCGGGUCGACCCGGAUGUCAAACCGGGUCAAGUCUCGAUUUCGGGCAUCUCUGGCGAUGGAAAUAAGCUUAGCAAAGACCCUUUAUCCAACUGUGCAGGUAUUGCUGCUAUUUCUGUUAUGAAAAUGCUUAAUAUACAAUCUGUUGGCCUUUCAAUGAAUCUUGAAAAAGGGUUGCCUUUAGGUAGUGGAUUAGGAUCUAGUGCAGCCAGUGCUGCUGCGGCAGCUGUGGCUGUUAACGAGCUUUUUGGUCGGAAAUUGGAAGUUUCCGAUCUUGUUACUGCAGGUUUAGAAUCGGAAAUGAAGGUUUCCGGCUAUCAUGCUGAUAAUAUAGCACCUUCGAUAAUGGGGGGUUUUGUGUUGAUCAGAAGUUAUGAUCCAUUGGAAUUGAUACCAUUAACAUUCCCGUAUGAUAAAGAUUUGUUUUUUGUGCUUGUGAACCCGGAAUUCGAGGCCCCAACGAAGAAAAUGAGGGCGGCAUUGCCAUUAGAGGUGACAAUGUCGCAUCAUAUAUGGAAUUCUAGUCAGGCGGGCGCGUUGGUUGCGGCUAUAUUGACCGGGGAUGCGAGGGGUUUAGGUAAGGCGUUGUCGUCGGAUAAGAUUGUGGAGCCGAGGAGGGGCCCGUUGAUACCGGGGAUGGAGGGAGUGAAGAAGACGGCGUUAAAGGCGGGGGCUUUUGGGUGUACGAUAAGUGGAGCGGGACCUACUUUGGUGGCGGUGACGGAUAGUGAGGAGAAGGGGAGAGAGAUUGGGGAGAAAAUGGUGGAGGCGUUUAUGAAGGAAGGGAACUUAAAGGCGAAAGCUAUGGUGAAGAAGCUUGAUUGUGUUGGGGCCCGGCUUGUUAGUAGCAAUCCGAGAUGAUCAAUUAAUCAUGAAUCAACUAUGCCUUAGUUCCAGUCUAGUUUGGUGUUCGGUUGUAUGUACCCUUUAUAUCUUUUCACUGUGAAGUCAUCAUGCUAUGUGAGAUGAUAUUUAGGAAUUUUUAUGCAAUUAAUUAGCAAUGGAUCAUAUAUUGGUCAUUGAGAAAUCAGCUAAUUGUCUUAUCGGGAACUGUUUCUCUACCUCUCCCUAGGUAGGGUAAGGUCUGCAUCUUCUCAGCUAAUUACUGAGCAAAUAAAAUAGUUGAAGCUGCCAUUUUGACAAAGGCUUGCUUGUUAAUUGAUAGGCAUUCUUGAUUUGUCUUUCUGGGAAACAGUUUGUUCAAUAUCUAUAUUGCAAUAUGUUGAAUGUCACCUGCACUUUUGGAUUA